AUGGAUGCAUCAAUCGAACAAAAGGAAAAUGAAGAGGAACAAGGAAAUAGUGAUGGCGGCCAUAACGCCAACGAUGGCCUUUACACCAACGGCGACCUUAGCGCCAACGGCGACGGAAACUUCGGCGAUGGUGACGGUGCCGACGACGACAAUGAAGAGAAAAUAUGGAUGGAUGCAUCAAUCGAACAAAAGGAAAAUGAAGAGGAACAAGGAAAUAGUGAUGGCGGCCAUAACGCCAACGAUGGCCUUUACACCAACGGCGACCUUAGCGCCAACGGCGACGGAAACUUCGGCGAUGGUGACGGUGCCGACGACGACAAUGGCAACCACGAAGAAGACAACAUCAGGAAGAAAAAAAAGAUACCUUAA